AUGAGUAUGUCGAAUGGUAAUGAAGGUGUGGAAAAGGCAGCUGCCUUCUUGGCAGGCUUUACUUCUUCUCAGUUGUUCAUUCUCAUGGUUUCUUCUGGGAGUUAUGCGGUGGACAGAUUCAUGCUUCCUAGGAGUUGCAUAGGAUUGUAUAUUAACAGGACUAUUAUUGCAUUCAGGUUAUCCACAUUUCUUGGAUCGCUUCUUCUUAAUAUACCAGUACUUAGCAUUGAGGAAUUUAAAAAGCGUCUUAACAUUGUUUCUACAAUAUCAAGCUGGCUUUAUUGUCUGUCAUUCCUAGCUCUGCUACUAAUAUAUUACAAUGGUGGGAAAAAAGGACACAUCAUGUACUAUUACUGUGCAAUUAUUUUCACGUCGAUUGUAUACGGUAUGAAUAAUGUAUGUCUUCCGGCUGUAAUAGGGAAGGAUAUGCCUUUUUACAUAGGUUCUAUGCAGUUAGCUGCCAUUAUGGUUUCUGCUUACCAGUUUUUGUUCACAAAGAUUGCAAAGGCGUUGAUGAUCACAAAUGUUCACUAUAAGUUGAUUGUCGGACAAUUAUCACUUGCAGUGUUUGUAUCUGGGAUAUCCGCCAUAUUGUGGUCAGUUGCAUAUGCACAAGAAUGGCUUCAUACGGGUGCUGGUAAAGGGUUUUCUGGAAUAGACAAGGCUUUAUCUCCUAUUAUGUUGACUACUUUGGGAUUCGGAAUGCAAAAUCUCUUCUACCCUGCUAUUGCUCCUUACAAAUUUAUUGGAAUGGGUCCUGGUUCUAAGAUCACGAUAGCUGUCUUAUUCACAAGUACAAUACCGGGCCUUACUAUCUUCGUCAUGUCUCAGUGUAAUAAAGAAUCUGGUCCAGGCAACCCAUGGGACAAAUCAGGAUGGCAUGAUAUGUGGAUGUUUUAUGCAUUCGAACUAUUACUUGGAGUUUUAUUUAUACUGUCUUUGCACUAUCCAAGGGUAUCAGAUAUUUUUAGAAUGAAUAACUUUUGGGUUCUUGCCUUAUUGACCAUAGCAUACGAUUGGUGCGUCCAAACAACUAGGGCCGCAGGAAUGGGUGGAGCUGCCAUGCAAGAAGGCAAUGGUAGCAAUCCUACUAUGGCUACUGUUAAUGCCUUUGGAUUUUCUUUGGCCAUGAUUAUGUUUGCUUUCAUGGGAAAUGGAUAUCUCACAACGUAUAGACAGGCUGAACAAGAUAGGGACAACUGGCCUACCAAACACUUUACCACAAAAAAGGCAUUCUGGUACUGGUACUCGAGUUCAGCCAAAGGUGCCUAUAGAACCUGCAUGACGUCUUAUACAAGGGAUAUCAGGGGCACCAUUCUCGGAAAGAAGGAGCAUCUCUUUAUUGUCUAUGAAGAUACUCCACCUGAAGAUGAAGAUCCCUUCUUUGAUCUACCAUUCAUUAAGAAGAAAGAGGAAGCUGAAUGCACACCAUAUCCGUUUGUGCCUCCUUACUAA